ACAUCCAAGCAGCCAGGAGAUGGCCAGCAGGAAGGCAGGGACUCGGGGGAAGGUGGCAGCUGCCAAGCAAGCCCAACGGGGAUCUUCGAAUGUCUUCUCCAUGUUUGAACAAGCACAGAUCCAGGAAUUUAAGGAGGCAUUCAGUUGCAUUGAUCAAAAUCGAGAUGGCAUCAUCAGCAAAUCAGACCUGAAGGAGACCUACUCUCAACUAGGAAGAGCAAAUGUGCCUGAAGAAGAGUUGGAUGAGAUGCUACAGGAAGGCAAGGGCCCGAUCAACUUCACAGUGUUUCUCACACUCUUUGGGGAGAAGCUCAAUGGCACUGACCCUGAAGAAUCCAUCCUCAGCGCCUUCCGCAUGUUUGACCCCAGUGGCAGUGGAGUUGUCAACAAAGAAGAGUUUAAGCAGCUCCUUCUGACCCAGGCAGACAAGUUCUCUCCAGCUGAGGUGGAGCAAAUGUUUUCAUUGACACCUAUGGACCUGUCAGGAAACAUCGACUACAAAUCUCUGUGCUACAUCAUCACCCAUGGGGAUGAGAAGGAAGAGUAAAAGGAUUCAGGGAGAGAGUGAACAGCAGAGAGCCAGGCUCAAUAAAACAGAUGAUAAGA